CAUCUCAAGACCUUUCCACUUCUCUCUCUGCCUGGAAGACUCUUCCCCAGGGGUAUCUGUGGCUGGAUCCUUCUUUUCUGUUCCAUCUUGGUUUAAAGAUAAAUCAGAUAAGUAUGAUCUACGUGAUAUUGAAAGACUUCAACAAGAUGAUAACUGGGUUGAAAGUUACUUAACUUGGAGACAUAAUGUUGUGGAUGAAACACUGAAGAUGCUUGAUGAGAGCUUUCAAUGGAGGAAAGAAAUUUCUGUCAAUGACCUGAAUGAAUCCUCCAUUCCCAAAUGGUUGUUGGAAAUAGGUGGUAUUUAUCUCCACGGUUAUGACAAAGAAGGGAACAAAUUAUUCUGGAUCAGAGUGAAGUAUCAUAUAAAAGACCAUAAAAACAUAAUGGACAAGAAGAAGCUUAUAGCAUUCUGGUUGGAACGUUAUUCUAAAAGAGAAAAUGGGAAACCUAUAACAGUGAUGUUUGACCUGUCAGAAACUGGACUAAGUACCAUAGACAUGGACUUGAUACGCUUCAUCAUCAACUGCUUUAAGGUUUAUUACCCUAAAUAUCUCUCAAAAAUAGUAAUCUUUGAUAUGCCUUGGAUAAUGAAUGCUGCCUUCAAAAUUGUGAAAAGUUGGCUUGGUCCAGAAGCAGUGAGUUUUUUGAAGUUUACAAGUAAAAAUGAAGUCCAGGACUAUGUCAGUGUAGAAUACCUGCCUCCCCACAUGGGUGGAACUGAUCCUUUCAAGUAUAGCUAUCCACCACUAGUAGAUGAUGACUUCCAGACACCAUUGUGUGAAAAUGGGCCUAUUACCAGUGAGGAUGAAACUUCGAGCAAAGAAGAUAUAGAAAGUGAUGGUAAAGAAACCUUGGAAACAACUUCCAAUGAAGAACAAACAGCUCUUCCAAAAAAGAUUAACCCAACUGAACCUACUUCCAAAGCAGAAGAGAAUGAAAAAGUUGAUUCAAAGAUGAAAGCUUUCAAGAAACCAUUGAGUGUGUUUAAAGGUCCCUUAUUACACAUCAGCCCAGCAGAAGAAUUGUAUUUUGGAACUACAGAAUCCGGAGAGAAGAAAACUUUAAUGGUGUUGACAAAUGUAACUAAAAAUAUAGUGGCAUUUAAGGUGAGAACAACUGCUCCAGAAAAAUACAGAGUCAAGCCAAGCAACAGCAGCUGUGAACCUGGUGCUUCUGUUGACAUAGUUGUGUCUCCCCACGGGGGUUUAACUGUCUCUGCACAAGACCGGUUUCUUAUAAUGGCUGCAGAAAUGGAACAGUCAUCUGGCACAGGCCCAGCAGAAUUGGCUCAGUUCUGGAAAGAAGUUCCCAGAAACAAAGUGAUGGAGCAUAGAUUAAGAUGUCAUAUGGUUGAGAGCAGUAAACCAACCACUCUUAUGUUAAAAGACAAUGCUUUUCAUAUGUCAGAUAAAACCAGUGAAGACUUCUGUCUACAACUCAAUCGUUUACUAGAAAGCAAUAGGAAACUUCAAGACCAAGUUCAGCGUUGGAUCUGGUUCCAACAGUUGCUGCUUUCCUUAACAGUGCUCUUGCUUGCUUUUGUUAUCUCUUUCUUCUAUUUGUUGUACCAUUAAAGAAGCGGUGCGCCCAGUAGGGGAACAUGGCUCCUUAAAACUUUUCCACUGUGCUAGAAACCUAAAAGUGAUACACAUCUGUGCUUCCUACAAAGAAGUAUGGAGCACUUGGGAAGAGGGAAACAGAUACAUCUUGAAAAUAAAGAACUGUUAACAUAAAAAAAAUUGCCUUCAAAAUGUUGAAGUUGAUUAUAGCUAGUUAGUUAAGACCUAUCCAUUAUGUAAAUUAAUAGUUUAAAUCUAAUUUAUUUUUUCCUUUUGGUUUAAUACUUUUAAUGCUUGUUUGUUUCUUAAUGCUUGUUUGUUUUUAUCAUGUAUAUAUUAGCUGAACUGAAAACUGUUAAGAAAGAUGCGUUGUUACAGCCCAAAAAUGUAAUGUGCUUUUUUAUGAAGGAAUUAUUAUAGCCAAGCUGACUUGUUAGCUUUUCUGUACUAUGUAUAUAGAAGAACGUGUAUAUUGAAAAAGAAAACAAACUUAUAAAGAAUAAUUUAUGUCAUAACUUUGUAAUUUCAAAAAUUACUUCCAGAUCAUAGUCAAUAUUCUUUUGGAAUGUAAAACUAUUUAAAGCCAAACUACUUUUAGCCUUUGUUUCUUAUCAGUGUUCCUUAGCAACCUGCCUUUUUUUAAUCUAGGGCUUUUUUCUCAACACUGAUUUAUCUAAAAGUUUCCCAAACUGUUUUGUUGGAUUUUUCUUUGAAUUCUCUUAGUAAUGUCCAGAAGGAAAAUCUCCUCAAGCAGUUCCACUUUCCAGUCUUUCAGGCAGUUUCAUGUUGUUUACUGUGGCUGGACACUGAACCUUUUUAAUUUAUUGUAAAGACCUUAUCCUACAUUGUACCAUCUUCACUGUCAUGUCAGAUCAAAGGAAUCUUUUUGUGAACCUUAAAUUGCACCAACUUCACCCUCAUUCUAGAUAAAAGGAGUUAGAGAAAAUUGUUCAAAGUUAAGUUUUCUGAGAUGCAUAACAAUAUAAUUAACUUACAUUUCAGUUCCAUGUGCAAAUCAGCCAUGAAAAAGAAAUCUACAAAGAACUAUAGUACCUAUAAGGGUGAAAUAAAAUAUAGACACACAUGUCAGCUGUGAAUUUAAAGAAUGAAAAAAAAAAUUUGUGACGGACUGUAAAGCCUUUGGACCAGGGUUAAUUGACUGACUAGCUUUUAUUCUGCCAUUUAUAGAAUACUCCUCAGUAUAGUUCCUAAUUCCUAAAAGAUACACUGUGCAGGAGCAGAGGCUAAUUAAGUUGGUUUGUGUUAUUAAUAUGACCAGUUUCAGUUCCUGUUGAUUCAAAUGUAAAUCUACUUUACACGAAAGAAAAAAAUAGGCUGCCUGUAAAAUAAAUAUUGAGUUUAAUUGUGCCAUGUUUGGGGGAUUUAUUCUUCUGAGGGAUAAUGUUGGCUUUCACCUUUAGAAGUUGACAGUUCAUAAAUUGAGUUAUGAAGAAUGAUAUAAUAGAGUACCUUCAAAAUUGGCUUAGAAAAUGAAACCUUAAAAGGACACUGAUGUGAUGCUCUAUCUUAACCUGGGUUCUUCUGUUUCAGUUUAUACAGCUCACGAUGGGAAACUGACUGCAGUCCUCCCUAAGUAUCAUUCACAGUAGCUCCCUGUGUAUGUCACAGUGCUUAUGUUAGAUUCUUGCUUUUAAUAUCAUCUAAUCCCAAACGAUUUGCAUAUAGUUUUGUUCCUCAGCAGAUAGAUGAGGAAAUAAUUAGUCAAGAUUGGAUAUGUAUUGGCCUAACAUUGUCCCUUUAAUGUGUUAUAUGAAACUCAUGUUGACUCACUAAAAAAUUCUUGCUUGACGUCUGGUCAGUCUUUUAUCAUUGAAUGUAACAGCAUAUCUUGUUCAUGUUUGUGUGUCUAUUAAAUAAGACUAGGCAGAACUGUUGGAAAUUAACUAUAAAAUCAAAGGCAUCUAACCUUUUGAAAUUGUCUUAAUAUAUAUUUACAUUUGCUUUUAUUCUUCUGUAUCCCUUUGAUUUAAUCAUGUUUGUAUGAUUAUUUUUGGUACUCUACCGUUUGUCAUUUUAUUAAGAAUUUUAUUUUUAAUUAUGUCAUUGGCUGUUCAUGACCAGAUUUACCAAGGACCAAAUUUAGAUUUAGAUUUUUGUUUUUGCUUGGGAAUAGAAAUAGAUUUUCCAUGAAAACAUUAAUGAAAUAUUAUUAGAUUGAUCUGCAAGUAGCCUAAAAAUGUGAUUGCUAGUAAACCUAGCCUCAAAUUUCAUAACAAUGCCAUAACUUUUUAUAUCUUGCCACUAAUUUUGACUGAAUUUAAUAGCACUUUAUUGUACAAUUGCAAAAAAUAUAUAUUCCUAGAAUUGUUGCCAGUGUAAUUUCUCUAAUGUUCUGGUGCUUUUCAUAUAUUUUCAGUAUUUUUAUUACUAUAUUGGUAUUUUCUUUGUAUAAAUUGAUCAAAAGAACAUGUUUUCUAUUUUAAUAUGUUUUAGAAGAAUAGUUACAUUUAUGAAAUAAAUGUCAUCAGGAAAAAACUCUGGUC